GUUUUUUUAUCGCUCCAGUACUCAUCGUGGGUUUUGAGUAUCUGGUUGAAGUUACAUACCCAAUACCUGAGGCAUGCAGUUCUUCAACAUUCAACGCGGCUUAUUACUUUUUAUCCAUUAUAGCAACUCUUCUAUUUGAAGGGCUGUUCGAAGCCAUCGACUACCUUUGGACCUUUGUGGUGAUUUUAUUCAUUCUCGCUGCAUGUGCCGGGCUGAUAGUGUUAGUCAAUUCAAAUUUGCGUAGAAGAGAUGCCAAUUUACAUUUGAACCAGAAUGUUCCUAGUCCAGAACCUGAGCCAGAAAUGAGUUAUUAUACUGGUACUAGAGUGACUACUGCCAAAUUUUAAAGAGAGAAAAAGAGCAUUUCCUAUAUAUCGCAAAUAUUGCGCACGGUCCAGUAUUGUGAAGUUGAUUUGGUUAUAAUCAGUAUAUAAUUUGUAAACAGUUGCAUCAAAUGAAGAUUUGUUAUUUAUUAUCUAAUUAGUCAUGCGCAACUUUUAUUUUAUGAGAUUAACGUAAUCAAUCCCAAAAAUGUUAAUAAAUGUGAUUUUCUUUAGA